AUGGGUUGCUGCCGCUCCUCGCUGCGGGCGGGGCCGGGGCCGGGGCCCCACGCGGCGGAGAAGCCGCCCCGCCACCGCCACGGCCACCGCCACCGCCACCGCCACCGCCCGCCGCCGCCACCGACGAACAACGGCCCGUCCUUCUCCCUGAACGCUCACCAGGCGGCCGCGCCGCCCCCGGCCCGGGCCGCCGGGGGGGACGUCCCGGUGUUCGCCGAGUUCUCGCUGGCGGAGCUCCACGCGGCCACGGCCGGGUUCGCGUCGGAGAACAUCGUCUCCGAGAGCGGAGAGAAGGCGCCCAACCUCGUCUACAGGGGCCAGCUCAAGGCACCCCGCGGCGCCGGCGCCCCGCCGCGCGCAAUUGCCGUGAAGAAGUUCGCCAAGCUCGCGUGGCCCGACCCCAAGCAGUUCGCGGAGGAGGCGAAGGGGGUCGGAGGCCUCCGGCACCGGAGGAUGGCCAGCCUGAUCGGCUACUGCUGCGACGGCGACGAACGCCUGCUCGUCGCCGAGUUCAUGCCCAACGAUACCCUCGCCAAGCACCUUUUUCACUGGGAAAAUCAGACUAUUGAAUGGGCUAUGCGUCUGAGGGUUGCAUACUACAUUUCGCAAGCAUUGGAAUACUGUAGUAUCAAGGGGCGGCCUUUAUAUCAUGACCUAAAUGCAUACAGGGUCCUCUUUGAUGAGAAUGGUGACCCUCGUCUGUCAUGCUUUGGUCUGAUGAAAAACAGCAGGGAUGGAAAAAGCUAUAGCACAAACCUAGCAUAUACACCUCCAGAAUAUCUGAGAAAUGGCAGGGUUACUCCAGAAAGUGUCAUAUUCAGUUUCGGCACUGUACUCCUUGACCUUCUCAGUGGGAAACGCAUACCGCCUUCACAUGCACUUGAUAUCAUGAGAGGCAGAAACAUCCAAGCAGUUAUGGAUUCACAUUUGGAGGGGAACUACUCAACUGAGGUGGCUACUACAUUGGUGAACCUUGUUUCUCAGUGUCUACAAUAUGAGCCAAGAGAUCGGCCUGACAUAAAAAAAUUGGUUUCCAUUCUGGAGCCUUUGCAGACAAAAUUAGAGGUACCGUCCUGUGUGAUGCUUGGAAUUCCAAAGCCAGUGGAAGAACCACAGGCACCUCCUACUCCACAGCACCCUCUUUCUCCCAUGGGAGAAGCCUGUUCCAGAAUGGACCUAACUGCCAUCCAUCAAAUCCUAUUUACAGCACAUUACAGAGAUGAUGAAGGGAACAAUGAGCUAUCUUUUCAAGAAUGGACACAGCAGAUGAGGGAUAUGUUGGAUGCAAGGAAACGUGGCGACUCUGCCUUCAAAGACAAAGAUUUUAAGGCAGCAAUCGAUUGUUACAGCCAGUUUGUCGAUGUGGGGACAAUGGUGUCACCUACUGUAUUCGCCAGACGAAGCUUGUGCUACCUUAUGUGUGACCAACCUGAUGCUGCCCUCCGUGAUGCAAUGCAAGCACAGAUCGUCUACCCUGAUUGGCCGACAGCAUUCUACAUGCAGGCAGUUGCACUAUCCAAGCUAAACAUGCAGAGUGACGCCGUGGACAUGCUGAACGAGGCAUCACAGCUAGAAGAGAAGAGGCAAAAGAGCACAAGAGUUCCUUGA